AUGGCAACCAGAAAAGCAUCACCACGUAACAAAACGAAAUCAAAUACUAACGAGGAGCAAACAGUUGAUGUCAAACGUCGUCGGACUCUAAAAAAAGAAACUCAUAUUGAGUACGACUCCUUAGAAAAAUAUGGAUAUCAUUUUAAAAACGGAAAGCUGGUUACAAUUGAAACUGAUGAACCAUUCGAAUUCAAUUUCUAUUCGGACAAUGACGAAAAUCAAAAGCGAUAUGAAUCUAUUGGUAAAUUAAUUGACGAGGCGAUAUUCAAACUGCUUGAGAGCGAAUGCCAUUUGAAACGAGUUACCGUCCCCGUUGACCCGAAAAAGGAGGAACGCACAAGUUUUGUUUUCGUAAGUGAUGAUUUAGCAACUGCUGAUUAUCUCAUGGUGAUUAUUCAUGGCACAGGAGUUGUACGUGCUGGUCAAUGGUCGCGAAAAUUAAUAAUCAAUGAAGGCUUAGAAAUUGGCACUCAAAUGCCGUAUAUUCAACGCGCACGAACAGCUGGUUAUGCAGUCAUUGUUACUAAUACUAAUUUAAACAGCUUUGAAUCCCCUCGAUUUCUUCGUCGUCCAGCACUACGGCCUAUUCGUGGUAGUGGCACUGCUGAAGAACAUGGUUGUUAUGUAUGGGAACAUUUUAUUCGUUCAAGUCAUGCUAAACAUGUUUGUAUUAUGGCACAUUCAUAUGGAGGUGCAGUAGUACUCAAAAUGGCUUCUCAAUUUCUUAAAGAAUUUGAUCAACGAGUUUUUGCUGUAGCACUUACUGAUUCACCUGUGACAGUCUACGGACGAAAAGUGAACAGAAAGGUUUUGGAAAUGCUAAAAGAGAGAGCGAUUAAUUGGGUUGCUGAUGCAGAAGAUGUAAAUACUGAUUUAGGCGAUAGUGAUUGUUGUGAGUUACGAUCUGCAGGUCAUACAGUACAUGAGUGGACAUCGCAUACAGCAAUUGAUGCGAUCUUCGACUAUUUCACUGAAGAACGUGAACAACUUUAA